AUGAAAUUCUUUCUUUUACUUUUGUCAUUAUACUUUACAAUUGAUGUCAUUUAUUGCCAAACAGAUCCCAAUAAUACGUAUAAUGUUCCUUUGCUGGAUUUCACUGAUAAUCCUGUGAAUAAAUCUUUAUUAUGUUCGACGCCUGGUUGCUGCGCAAUAGCAUUAACUUUUGACGAUGGUCCUGAUGGAGCUGGUGGAGCUACGGAUGCUAUUGUCGAUUUCUUACACAGUAUUAAUCUUCCUGCCACAUUUUUUAUAAACACAGAAAACUGGGUUAAUGUUAAUACAGAUCUCGCUGCUCAAAAGUCAAUUAAGAAUAUUGUCGAGUAUAGAUUUAAUCUUGGAACACAUACUGUGCAUCAUAAAAAUUUACCUGAUUUAAAUAACACCGAUAUUGCAGAUGAAAUUGUUGGUGUUCAAACAACUUUAAAUAAAUUCAUGUCUCCACCACCCCGUUUAUCUUUAUUUCGUGCACCUUUCGGAAAGCCUUAUCAAGAUGAUACACAGACGCAUAUGAAUAUUGUUUCAAAAAUAGCAGCAGAUGCAGGUUAUUUUCAUGUCAGUUGGCAAAUCGAUUCUCAAGAUUAUAGUUGUGGUAACAAUAUCACUUGUGUCGUUGAUCCAAUACUAAAUGCUGUUGAUCGAGGAGAGUGGGGUAUUGUAUUAAUGCAUUUUGUUUAUCAAAAUACGGCAAAUGCUUUACCUUCUAUCAUUGAUGGACUUAAACAAAGAAAAUGUGAAUUUUUUACUAUUGAACAAUUGGUUCACGCUAAAUAUGGAAAAUCUUCAGCAGAUGUUAUGGAUGAUUAUAAUAGAAAAAGUAAAGCUACUACUGCUACUUCUUCCGCGUUUCUAUUAAUCAUCUUCAUUUUUUCUAAAUUUCUUUUCUAA